AUGACCUCUUGGAAUUUUGUCUUAUCUUCGCUCCCGCCUAUUCUAUUCUUCGUCUUCUACUUUUCUUUCCAUCAUCCUGAUUUUUUUUUCUUGCUUUACCCAGCUCCUUUCCCGCCUUCUCUUUUUCUUGCAACCGAUAGCCGCCAUUUUUGUUCUUCCACUUCCGAUCUUAAGCCAAAACGUCUUGGCGCCGGCAGGCUGCCUUCGCUCGGUCAAGUAUAUUUCUUUUUUUUCUUGAUCUCUCUCUCUCUUUCUCUCUCUCUCUCGCACUUCUCUCACUCUCUUAUUUUUUUGUACUUUCUCUCUCUGGUAUAUUCGAGUUAUUCUCCUUUUCAGGUUCAUAUUGCGCUUCCUCUCUCAUAUUCUCUUUCCUCCCUUUUAUAUUCAUUUAUUUCUUAUUAUUUAUUUCUUCUAUCUUUUCGUCUCUUUCUCUAUCUUUUCGUCUCUUACGUAUAUUUUCGUCUCUUUCUCUAUCUUUUUUUUCGUCUAUCUUUUCGUCAUCUUUUCGUCUAUCUUUUUUCUCUAUCUUUUCGUCUCUUUCUCUAUCUUUUCGUCUCUAGCCUCUCUUUCUCUAUCUUUUCGUCUCUUUCUCUAUCUUUUCGUCUCUUUCUCUAUCUUUUCGUCUCUUUCUCUAUCUUUUCGUCUCUUUCUCUAUCUUUUCGUCUCUUUCUCUAUCUUUUCGUCUCUUUCUCUAUCUUUUCGUCUCUUUCUCUAUCUUUUCGUAUCUAUUUUCGUCUCUUUCUCUAUCUUUUUUCUAACCCUCAUCUAUCUUUUUCUCUAUCUUUUCGUCUUUUCUUAUCUUUUGUCUCUUUUUCUUUUCGUCUCUUUUUCUCUAUCUUUUCUCUUUCUCUAUCUUUUCGUUUCUUUCUCUAUCUUUUCGUCUCUUUUGCCUAUCUUUUUCGUUCUUUUAUCUUUUCGUCUUUGCCUUUCUUUCGUGUUCUGUCUCUAAUUCAAUAUCUUUUCGUUUCUUGUCUCCUCUUUGUCUAUAGUUUCAUUUCUUGUCCCUCUUUCUUUGUCUCGUUCGCUCCACAGUUUAUUUUACCCCAUUCUCUUUUCUCCCCUACCAAAUUACGGCUUCUUUCGCUUCACUUCGCAGCUCGUCAAGACGCUUUGCAAACUCAUUCUGACCUCGACUGCAUAAAACUGACUAUUCCUUGUCCGCCGUAA